CCUGAAUAACCUCUCAUAAUCCCUCGGGAGGAUUCAGCACUGCCCCUCAUGCAAUUAAAUGUCGGUCUGAGACUCAAAUAGCAUGCCAAUGUCAGUAGGUCCACAGACACAUAAAGUACAGGCGUCCUGCCUCAGUCGAAUACAAGACAGACACCGAACAAGACCUACACAAGACUCCAUAUCCCACCCCAUAGUACGACGUCUCACGAUGAGCUCUCAACUUAUCGCCUCUUUACAACAAGCCGCCGGCAGAAACCAAGAGCUUCUUGCCAUCCUCUCGCAGACCGACAAUGCACCUGCAGCUCUCAAACAAAACUCGACCUACAUUACAGAUCUCGAGGAACAAAAAUCAAAGACCAAACAGGAGAUUCAGCGACUCCACCGAAUCACCGAAGACGAACGCAAAGACCAUGUGAAAUACGAGAAGAGCACUUUCAACAGAUACAUGCACAAGAUGACUGGCAGGGAGACCAGAUUCGUAGAGAAGGCUGGUAAGGAAGAGAAGGAAUUCAUGGAAGCAUGGCAGAAAGAGCGCGACACCCAGGAAUCUCAUGCCGAGCUCACAAGGGCCCUGGCAACCGCUCAGCAAGAGCAACAACGUCUACAAGGCGAGGCUGCAAGACACGAUCAAGCACAGUCUGAGCUUGACAGACUUUACUCUUCUAUCUUUGACGGACCCACACCCGAGAUCCCUGGCGAGGAUCAGCUAGAAUCGAGUUUGCAGAACAACAAGCAAUGGGCCGACAACACUGCACAACAUCAGAACCUCCAACGUAGAGCUGCCGAAGCCCUGAACGCAGCGUUACAAUGUCUGGAUCACGCAUCAAGGGACAUGGGUGAUGCACUAGACAUGUCUCGCUGGGACAUGUGGGGAGGUGGAACUUUCACAGACAUGAUGGAGCGUGAUGCUCUUUCCAAGGCCCAGGUGGGUGUCUCGGAGUCGCUACGCCACAUGGACGAGGCACGUCGCUGUCAACCUGGCAUUCCGCCUUUGGCAAACAUCAACAUCGACAAUGGUCAUAUGAUCAGUGAUGUGCUCUUCGACAAUAUCUUCACUGACAUGGCACAACACGAUCGCAUCAAGAGCUCGGCUGCGCAGUUGCAGCAAGCCAUACAGCAGUGCAGAGAAUUGCUUGAGAAGCAGAAACGUACAUAUCAUGAUGCAGCCAACCAGAGCGCACAGGCGGCCGAGGCUACCAAUGCCUCACGUCUUGAGUUACAGCGUAUUCGAGCUGAGGCAUUUGAGCGUUUCGCUGGUCAUGGCGCUCCGCCACCCUUCCAGCAAUCUGCUUAUGAGGUACCACCUCCAGCUUACUAGAUCUGAGGCUUCCUCUGGAGGAGCUUUCUUAUCUUUGCAGCACUAGAUUAUAAUCCUACAGCUUCACAAUCAUACAUUUACGCCAUAUCCCAGUUCAUAGUCGCACUCUCCCCGUGGUUGGCGCAGAGCAAUGACGAGCUGUAGAAAGGCACAGUCAUGGCUCGUACAAUGGCCGUCGAUGAAGAAGUCGAUAACGCAAACUAUCUCGAUCACAGUAGUGCAAGCUGAA